AUGGGUGGUGCUUUCAGUGGUAUACUUGGUCUUGAUUCGGCUAGUGAAAAAUUAUCCGAUGCUCUUCUGCAAGCCGAAGCAAAUGCUACCGGUGAACUACGCAAUGUAGCAUUGACCGCUAUAAACUAUGUUAAGUCGUUUACACCAAUCAUCAGUUUGUUGAUGGUUUUCCUAGCACUAUUAUUACUUGUUGGUAUUUUAUCUAUACUGAAUCGAAUGCUUGCCGAUCUUGAAGUAGAUAAAACUGUUCGUUAUUAUACUGUGUUAGUAAUAAGCAUUCUCCUUUAUAUUUGGUUCGUUGCUAUCCAAGUUAGUGCAGCAGUGAAACAGAAAGGUGCAACUAGCAUAGUUAUUGCAUCCAUGGCUAGUCUAGUUCUAGUGGCUAUGAUCGUCCUGACCAUUCUGUUUGCUCGCCGAGGACGCAACACCAGUCAGAAAAACUCAGAUCUUGCUGGUGAUGAAAUGAAAGACGUCCAGCGUAAGGAUCGACAAAUACAUGAUUCUUCCAAUACUCCGUCUCGACAUUCCAUGGGUAAAAAGAAAAUUUUCACACCAUCUGACAACGCAGAUUAUUGA